GGAGGGGGGAGGGGGGACACAGAGGGAGGAAGAAGCGGCGGCGGCAGCUCCUCUUCGCAGAGGGGGAAAACUCCGAGGGAUAAGAGCAGGAAUAAUGCGGUAGGCAAGGCGGGCUGCUCGCUCCCGGCUCCCGGCUCCGGCAGCAGCAGCGGCAGCCCGAGCAGCGGCAGCAGCAGCGGCAGCACCCCCAGCAGCUGACAGCCCCGCCGGCAGGCUCCCUCGCUGACCGCCGACUGUCAAUGGAGCUGGAAAACAUCGUGGCCAACACGGUCUUGCUGAAAGCCAGGGAAGGGGGCGGAGGAAAGCGCAAGGGGAAAAGCAAGAAGUGGAAGGAAAUCCUGAAGUUUCCUCACAUCAGCCAGUGUGAAGACCUCCGAAGGACCAUAGACAGAGAUUACUGCAGUUUAUGUGACAAGCAGCCAAUUGGGAGGCUGCUUUUCCGGCAGUUCUGCGAAACCAGGCCCGGGCUGGAGUGUUACAUUCAGUUCCUGGACUCAGUGGCAGAAUAUGAAGUUACUCCAGAUGAAAAACUGGGGGAGAAAGGGAAGGAAAUUAUGACCAAGUACCUCACCCCAAAGUCCCCAGUCUUCAUAGCCCAAGUUGGCCAGGACCUGGUCUCCCAGACGGAGGAGAGGCUCCUACAGAGGCCCUGCAAGGAAGUCUUUUCUGCCUGUGCACAGUCUGUCCACGACUACCUGAAGGGCGAACCAUUCCAUGAGUAUCUGGACAGCAUGUAUUUUGAUCGCUUUCUCCAGUGGAAGUGGUUGGAAAGGCAACCGGUGACCAAGAACACUUUCCGGCAGUACAGAGUGCUGGGAAAAGGGGGCUUUGGGGAGGUCUGUGCCUGCCAGGUCCGGGCCACGGGUAAAAUGUAUGCCUGCAAGCGCUUGGAGAAGAAGAGGAUCAAAAAGAGGAAAGGGGAGUCCAUGGCACUCAACGAGAAGCAGAUCCUGGAGAAGGUCAACAGCCAGUUUGUGGUCAACCUGGCCUAUGCCUACGAGACCAAGGACGCGCUGUGCUUGGUUCUGACCAUCAUGAACGGGGGUGACCUGAAGUUCCACAUCUACAACAUGGGCAACCCUGGCUUCGAGGAGGAGCGAGCCUUGUUUUAUGCGGCAGAAAUCCUCUGUGGCUUGGAAGACCUCCACCGGGAGGACACCGUGUACAGAGAUUUGAAACCCGAAAAUAUCCUGCUAGAUGAUUAUGGCCACAUUCGGAUUUCAGACCUGGGUCUGGCUGUGAAGAUUCCCGAUGGAGACCUGAUCCGCGGCCGGGUGGGCACCGUGGGCUACAUGGCCCCAGAGGUCCUGAACAAUCAGAGAUACGGCCUGAGCCCUGACUACUGGGGUCUGGGCUGCCUCAUCUAUGAGAUGAUCGAGGGCCAGUCGCCAUUCCGGGGCCGCAAAGAGAAGGUGAAGCGGGAGGAAGUGGACCGCCGCGUCCUGGAGACGGAGGAGGUGUACUCUUCAAAGUUCUCUGAGGAGGCCAAGUCCAUCUGCAAAAUGCUGCUCACCAAAGAUGCAAAACAGAGACUGGGCUGCCAGGAGGAGGGGGCUGCUGAGGUCAAGAGACACCCCUUCUUCAGGAACAUGAACUUCAAGCGCUUAGAAGCCGGGAUGUUGGACCCUCCCUUCAUUCCAGAUCCCCGCGCCGUGUACUGCAAGGACGUGCUGGACAUCGAGCAGUUCUCCACCGUGAAGGGCGUCAACCUGGACCACACAGACGACGAUUUCUACUCCAAGUUCUCCACGGGCUCCGUGCCCAUCCCGUGGCAGAGUGAGAUGAUAGAAACCGAGUGCUUUAAGGAGCUGAACGUGUUUGGACCUAACGGUACCCUCUCGCCGGACCUGAAUAGGAGUCACCCUCCAGAACCGCCAAAGAAAGGGCUGCUCCAGAGGAUCUUCAAGCGUCAGCAUCAAAACAAUUCCAAGAGUUCACCCAACCCCAAGACCAGUUUUAACCACCACAUGAAUUCAAACCAUGUCAGUUCAAACUCCACGGGAAGCAGCUAGUUAGCGCUCUGGCCUUGAAGUCCACGGUGGGACCAGCCCUAGACCCUUGUCCUUAGAAACAGAACUUACGGACAGGGGAGCCCUCCAGGAGCCGGGGAUGGAGGCUGCUCACCCCCUCGACGCAGAGCCUCCAGGUUUCUCAAAGAGAUUUCCACUCAGGUCUGUCUCCAGAGGUGGCCCUCAAGCCGAGGUGGAACAUUGCAAUAGAAAUCCAAUUGGAUACGACGACUUGCACGUAUUUUAAUAGCGUCAUACCUAGAACUGAAUUUUGUCUUUAUUAUUUUUAAAGAAAAGUUUUGUAAAUUUC